AAGCGCGAGACAGUUUUAACAUGUAACCAGUUUUGCAUCUGCCAUUUAAAAAAAAAAAAAAAAAAAAAAAAUUUUAGCGUCAGUCCUCCUCCUGACUGCAGAACAAGUAAAAUAGCUGUUUAAUUGUUGGAUUAUCCGCUGCUAUUAUAUGAGCAUUUCUCCCAAAAGGUUUGAAUGAAACAUUUGCCAUGAAGCAUCCUUCAACAGUCACGUGUGUGACGACGUGUGUGACGAAAAUGCUUUUGACAUCAGAUUUGUUCUCCAAAAUGACCGAGGGGUCGCCUUUUGCUUCCAUAACGCUCAUGUCUUGUCUGCUUAUAGGCCUUCUUGUUAGGUGUCAGCAGUAGCUAUGAGUAGCUUGAAGAAUCCAGAGUCUGAUCACUCUGAAGAAGAUAUCAGGGUGUACGCACGGGACAUAGGAAUUGAUCCAGACAAUGAGCCAGAGCUUUUGUGUUUAGCUAGGGAAGCUAUAUUUGCCCAUCUGCCCCCAGGGUGGACUGAAAGCUAUGAUGAGAGUGGAAACCCAAUAUUUCACAACCACUAUUUGCAGACAACCACUAAUGAACACCCCUGUAAAGUGCAGUACCGUAAAAUGGUGGCUCAGGAACGUGAGCGUAUCCAGCGCACCGGUGCCGUUGGAGGCUUUGUAAUCCAACUGGACAGAAAAGAGACUGAGGAGACGAAUAAUACGCACGCAGCACAUUUCUUCAGUGGAUUCUUAAGUUUAAUAAGCUGCAAGUGUGAUGAAACAACAUCCCUGACACUGAUCAGCUUUGACGACGAUGUCAUCUUCUCAGAAAAGGAGUACUCUGGGGGCACUGUUAGUGGCGGUCUAGCAGAGAAGUUGGAAAUCCUUCUUGAUAAGCCCCAUUCUUGGGACCAGAGUAGCGGCUCGCCACUGCAACAGCUGUCUAGCGGAUUUCCGAUCUCCGACAAUUCUAUUUACUGUGAUAGUCAGCUGGAGACGGAUGAAAAAGAUGAGGAGACUGAUACUGACAAGAGCCCAGAUGAAUCAAGAAAUGACUCCUCUGCAGCCAAAGAGGACCAGGAGAAAGACCUUUUCAAUAAACCUGGACCUUCUUUUUACAGAGGAUUCUUGAGUGUUUUAGGCUUUGGGAAGGGUGAAUGUUUUUUCUAUGCACCUUCAAGAAGUGAUCAUGAAGACAAUGCAAAGGAGGGUUUCUUUCACAGUGGAUUCUUGAGUAUUAUGCAUACCAGGGAAGAUGAUCAAGUAGAUAUUGGUCUCAUGGCUGAAAAGGAAAAUCCUCUUUGCUUUGACUAUCUGCUAGAGAUGGAUAUCAAAGAACAGGCAGAUCAGGUGACUGAGGCUCCCAAAAGCCAAGCAGAAUCAAGCAACGAGUCAUCAAGCACAUGCGUCUGGAGUGAACCAAAGUAUGGACACAACACAGGCACUUUUGAUAUUGAGGGUUCAGAAGACGAGGAGGAAGACGACUCACCCAUAACAGACUCAGCAGUGGCCAUCGGGGUUGUAGAUCCAGCAGAGGAGAUAACUGAGCUUGAGGUCCAGUCUGACGACCAAAGUCCAGAAUCACCAGAGCAGGAGGUUUCAGAAAGAGUUUUGGACAGCAGUGAUUCUGUUUUUGAGACAGAGACUAGUAGUAAGAGCCAAGACGAGUCGGGGAACGACUCCUCUGUUGAAGAUGAGGACAUCCAGUGCGGUGUUACUUGUGGGCGCUCACUAGCUAAGCACGAAGAAGACUUUCCCAAAACAAGUGAUGUACCAACUAAGGAACUGCUGAGAAAGACGGAAGAGGAGAAGGAGGAGGAGAUGGAGCUGUUUGAAAGGGAGAUGGAGAAAAAAAUACCACUCCGGAAGGAGAUCUUUCUGGAUGCUGAGCAAUCAAAAUGGCAAAAAGCGUUGAGUACACUCUUUUGCCAGGAGGAACUGAUGAGAGAUGAAGAUGGGCCAGCGGAGCAGUCAAAGAAGGAAAAGGAAAUGAUGUUGCGUCACCAACUAGACCAGUUGAGCAAAGAGGAGGAAGAGGAGGAAAUGGAAGAAUUGAGGAUAGAGAAAGACAAACAAAUGUGGCAACAAAAUGAGGCGAUAAGGAGAGAAGAUAAGUUAAUGAGGGACGAGGAGACAAGUGUACGGCUUCACCAGGAAGCAUCGAGAAUGAAAGAGGAGAUGGAUCGAUUUGAAGCUGGAAUGAAGACAGCACAUCUCCACAAGGAGAAACUCCUUACGGAUUGUCAGGAGAAGCUUUUGAGAAAUAAAGAGGAGGAAGCAGAGCAGUUCAAAUGGAAACUGGAGAUGCAAAUGCAUCCUUGCCAGAAGGAAGAGGAGAUAGAGCAAUUGAGGCACAUCCAGGAGGUACGGAUUAGUCGACAAAAGGAUGAGCUGAUAAGCGAGGAAGAGGAAGAGAUUGCUCGAUUGAUGACGGAAAAAGAGACAAGAGUCUGUCGACAAAAGGUGGAGUUGAGGAAAGAGGAAGAGGAAGAAGUGGAGAGAUUGAAGCACGCAAAGGAAAUGAGACUUCGUCACCGCCGGGAAGAACUGAGAAAGGGGGAAGAGGAGGAGGAGGAAUGGUUGAAGAGGGAAAUCGACAUGAGGAAAUGUUCCUUUGAAGAGGAGCUCAAUCGAGCUCAAAGGGAGGCAGAGCUGUUAUUGAUGCAAAAGCAGAUGAAGCGGCAAUUCUGCCUCGAAGUGCUCAGGAAAGAGGAAGUGGAGCAAGCAGAGCAGUUGAAGAGGGAAAAGGAGAUACGGAUGUUUCAACAAAAGGAGGAGCUGAUGGAAGAGGAAAUGGAGGAGGUGGCACUCUUGAAGAAGGAGGUGGAUGAAAGAAUCCGUCGCUACCUGGAAGAGCUGAGAUGUGAGGAAGAAGAGGAAGCACAGCAACUGAAGCAGGAGAAGGAGAUGAGAAUGCAGCACCACCUGGAAGGGCUCCAGAGAGAGGAGGAGGAGCAGGCGGACGUUUUGAAGAAUGAGAAGAAUGUUCGAUUUAAUCUAAGCCAGGAACAACAGCUGAGAGAAAAGCAGGUGGAGGAGGAGAGGUUGAAAAAUGACAUUGAAAGGAGCAAACGUCUUCAUGAAGAGGAGCUUCGCAGGGAGGAAGACGAGGCUCAGCAAAGGAAAAGGGCCACGAGAACACAUUUACGACAACAAGAGGAACUCGCGAGACAUGAAGAGGAGCAAACGGCGAGAGACAAAAUGAUGCAGCUGCACCAAGAGGAAAUGAGGAGAGAGGAAGAAGAGAACGAGCAGUUGAUGAGGGAAAAGGAUUUGAGGAACUCUCUCUUAACCGAUCAACUUAGCAGAGAGGAGGAGGAGGUUGCGUGGCUAAGGAGGGGCAAAGAGAUGAGAAUCAGGCUUUAUCAGGAGAGGCUGAGAAGAGAGGAAGAGGACGAGGUGGAAUCUUUCAAGAGAAAACAAAUGACCAGAAUGUGCCUACACCAGGAGAUGCUUAAAAGAGAAGAAGAAAAAGAAGUGGAGCAGCUACAGAGGGAAAGACAGACGAGAAUGAGUGUCUUCCAAGAAGAACUGAGAAUACAAGAGGUGAAUGAGUUGGAGAAAUUAUGGAGGGAAAUGACAGAGAGAUCACAUCACCUCCUGGAGGGGUUGCAGGAAGAGGAAAAACCUUUGACGAUGGAAAAUGCUGGGAGAAAAAAUAUUCAGUCUAGCAGUGAAGGAAAGAAGGCAAAACGGCUAAAGGGACAGAAGAAGGAGAGAAGGUUGGAGAAGGCCAAAUCGUGGCUUCGCAGGAAAGAGCACAGCACAAAGAAAGAAGCAAAAGGGCUUUUUAUGGGGGAGAUGGAGAGACCAAGGAUAGACCAUGGAGAAGAACUGCAAAGCGACAAUGAGGCAGAAAAAUCAAAGAGAGAGAUGACACAAUCAUGGAUAAGUCUGUUCAGCACAGCAGGAGAAGUGGAAGGGCAAUUUGCAAAGAAGAUGGAUUCAAGAACAAUGUGCCAUGGAGAGGAGAGAGAAAGGACACAAUCGUGGCUAACCCAGGAGUCAAGCACAGAAGAAGAAGUGGCGUGGAAAUUUCCAAGGAAGAUGGAGUCAAGAACAAUGCUCCAUGGAGACGAGACGGCGGUGACACAGUCGUGGCCAAGCCAGGAGUCCAGCACAGAGAAAGAAGUGGAAGUGCACUAUGUAAGGCACAUUGGGGCAAAAACAAGACUCCGUGGGGGAAGACUAAGAAGUCAAGAUGAGGAAGUCGGCUUCUGGGAAAGAGAGAGCAGAGUGCAGCUCCGCCACGAGAUGAGAGAAAAUGAGUUUGGAAGAUUUAGGAGAGAGAAGACGAGAUCGUGGCCCUGCAGGAAGGAGCACGGCUCAAGGGAAGGAGUGAAAGGGCUCUUCAUAGGGGGAACGGAGACGCAAACAAGUCUCCAUAAAGAGGGCUCCAGAAGUGAAGAUGAUGAGGGAGAGCUCUUCAACAAGGAGAAGAUCCUAUCGUUGGUCCGCCAGGUGGAGCUGAGGAGAGAAGAGGAUGAGGCACAACAGUCGGAGCGAGAGAAGACAAAAACAUGGCCUCGUAUGAAGGAGCGCAGCACAAAGAAAGAAGCAAAAGAGCUCUUUAGGAGGGAGAUCGAGAGAAAGAGAAUGCUCCGCGAAGAUGAGUCGAGAAGUGAUGAUGAGCAGGAAAAGGGGCAGAUGCAGCUCCAUCUGAAGAAGGUGAUGAGGAAAGAGGAUAAGGAACAGCAGUUUGAGAGAGAGAAGGCAAAAUCGUGGCCACGCAGGAAGGAGACGUUUAAAGGGGAGCUCCCUAAGGAUGAACUGAGAAAUGAGGAUGAAGAGGAAGGGAGCUUGAGAAAUGGGCUGAGAAUGUCGCUCAGCGAGGGGGGGUUGAAGGAGACUGAGGAUGAGGCAGAACGUCCAGAGAAAGAGAAGACAAAAUCAGGGAUUUGCACAGAGGAAGAUAUCAAAUUUAGAUUGAUAAAAAAAAUUGAAACACAAACAAGUUUCCAUGAAGAUGAAGUGGGGGAUGAGGAAGAUGAGAUAUGGUGCUCCUCAGGAGAUGAGGAAAAGGAAGGCCCGGUGGGGAGUCAGAAGCAGGUAGAAAGGUCAAAACAGGAAAAUGAAACGCAUGUCCAGCAGGAGGUAAGAAAAGAUGAUGCGGAAGAGGAGGAGUUUUUAAAAAGGCAAAAACAAAGAAGGAUUUUUCUUAUCACUGAAAAACUGAAGCAAGAGGAAGAAGAGGAAGUGGAGGAGUUACAAAGAGAAAAGGACACAAGAAUGCGCCAGUACAAAGAGAAGCUCCGAAGAGAUGAAGAAGUUGAGGCAGACAAUUUAAAGAGAGCAAAGGAGCAGAGAAUUUGUCUCCUUCUGGAAAAACUGAAGCAAGAGGAAGAGGAGGAGGCAGAGAGGCUGAAGAGAGACAAAGAGAUGCGAAUGAGUCUCCUACAUGAGAAGAUGCAGAGUGAGGCUGAAGAUGGGCAAUCCAAGUGGGGAAAUGAGGGAAGAACUUGGCUCCACCAGGAGGAACAGAACAAGCACGGAGAGGAGGAGAAAAGGACUCGAGAGGACGAGGAAAGGACUCGAGAGGACCUGCGGAAAGAGGACAAGGAGGCAGCAGAGGAAACGGCCCAGGUAGGACAAUCAAGGAACGAAAAAGAGAAGACCUCUCAUCUCCAGGAGGAGGUUCAGGUUCAGAGAACACGUCACAGCCAGGAAACAUCGAGGAACGCUGAAGACUACGAGGACGAGCAGUUCAAAAUGGAGGUGAAGCCAACGCAUUACUCUCAAGAUAAUCUGAAGACAGAGGAGGAUAACGACGCAGAGCAGUUAAAGGCCGAAAGUGAAAAUAGAAUGGAUCGUCUCCAGGAUGAGCUGAAGAGAGAAACGGAGGAGUUGAUCAACAAAUUGAAGGCUGAGAAGCAGAAGAGAACUCGGCUCCGACAAAUAAACCAGUGGGGGGAAACUGAGGAGAGAAAACUCAAGACUGAGUACAAGGAAAGGCUGAAGGCUUUGCGGCAGUAUCUCCUGGUCAAGAGAAGAGAUGAGGAGACCCUGUUGGACAAAAUGUUUGAGAAGGAGCAAUUAACAGAAUCUGCCUGGAUGGAUAGAGAUGAAGAUCAAUUACAGUUCAGGCAGGACCGUAAAGCUGCCAUCAGAGCGCUUUGCCUCGCAAUCGAAGACGAACGGGAAGUUGAAAAUGACAACAUGAAGGCUGAAAGGAGGCACUUCUUUGAGCGCAUUAAGGCGGAGCCAGAAGAGGACCUGCAUGAACUGAGAACCAGAUUUCAGGAAGACAGGACAGAGAACCUGACAUGUUUAAAUCCAGAGAUGAUCUCUCAGCAUGCACGGGAGAAGAGUUUCAACCUGGAGUUCCGCAGCACUUUUUCACCAACAAAUGGGCCAGCUCCGGAGCCCCAACACGAGAUAUUUAGUGCUUUCAAAUCAACUUCUCAGAGAACCAAAACUGCAUAUCCCUCACCCUUUAGGCCGACUCUGGCAGCUCCCCAUCCCAGGAACACCACACCUACCUACAGCACCACUCAUCCCUCAUUGGCUACCUCAGAGUCCCUGCUCAGUCAUGCAAAAGCAACACUGCCUGCAAACCCCUUCAUCACCACAUCCUUGAGAGAAAGAUACACGAUGAAUACUUCUGUAGCCUAUUGUAAUCAGCUGGGCCUGAAUAGAUCCAAUGAGAUCACGGUUUAUCGUUUCCAAAGACAAAAUUCACAAUGGACUGCUUCUCCACUGUUUUCUCCACCAGAGCUCAAGGAAUAUGCGCAAGACAUCGGAAUUAGUCCAGAAAAAGAGCCAGAGCUUAUGUGGCUUGCGAAGAAAGCCAUGGUUACCCAACUACCGACAGGAUGGUUAGAACGUGAGGAUGAGAGUGGAAAAAUGUCCUACUACAACUGCCAAUUAGACACAUCCAUUCGGGAACAUCCCUGCAAAGCGCGCUACUGUCAGCUGGUGGUUCAAGAGCGCGAGCGUCUCCUCAAUUCAGCUGUUGAUGGGAUUCCUAUUGUGAAGAAUAAAAAAGUGAAGGAAAAACUGGAGAGCUCAAGGGACACCGAUCUAGAACCAGCAGAAGAAAGUUUUAGCAUGGCUAGUUCUCUGGACCGCGGUUGCGAUUCACCACAGCAACAGCUAUCGGGAGAGUUUUUCAGCUCUGAUCUUUUAGAGCGAGUAGUUGAAGAAGAGGAGCAAGAAGUGAAGAAUAAGAACAUCACAGCAGCUGAAAGUUACCUUGAAUGUGCAGCAACCAAAGGUGGACUGCAAAUCCUUGAGGAGCACCCAGAUGAAGAAUUUGAGUUCUCUGAACAAGGCAUCAAGGAAUAUGCUCAGGAUAUGGGCAUCGAUCCAGAGAAAGAGCCUGGCCUGAUGUAUCUUGCCAAGGAGGCCAUGUUUGCCCGACUUCCUCCAGAUUGGAUUUCUUUGAAAGUCCUGGAAAGUGAGGAUAUUUUCUAUUACAACUACCAUUCAGCCACAUCUACAUGGGAACAUCCUUGCGAUGCGCACUACCGCAAAUUGGUGGCUCAGGAGCGUGAGCGCUUACAGCAGGCUGCUGUCUUGGCAUCGGAAGGCAAACAACACACGGAGAAAACAAACAGCGAUUGCAGAGGUGCUGAUGCUGACUCAACUGAGGAGAGGAGCAAGCCAGAAGUGAUCGAUCAUGACAACCACAGUAUUGAAACCACACUGCAACAGCAACAAGCAGAGUUUGGUGUCUCUGGCAGCUGGAUUUGUGGCAGUCGACUGGAGACUGAUGCCAAAGAAAAAUGGGACAUUGACGCUACCAAGAGCCACCUUGUGUCUGGAGCAAGCACAAGCAGUCUACAAACCCACGAAGAGCACAAGGAUGAAGAACUUCCUGAGGAAGAGAUUAUGCAAUAUGCUCGUGACAUAGGCAUAGAUCCAGAGAGAGAGCCAGAGCUUAUGUGGCUUGCCAAGGAGGCCAUAGAUGAAAAACUGCCUCCGGGAUGGUUAGAGCGAGAAGAUGAAAGUGGAAACAUUUACUUCCACAACUGCCAAUUAGACACGUGCGUUUGGGAACACCCUUCAAGAAUGCACUACAGUCAGCUGGUGGUUCAGGAGCGUGAGCGUAUCCAGCGCGCCGCUGUCGAUGGGCCCUCGGUGGUGAAGAAGAGCAAGAAGAAAGUCAAAGACAAAAAGGAGGGAAAUAAAAGGGGGAAGAAGAAUUCACGAAGUAUUCGUGUGGAUUCAUCUGAAGAAAUUUCAAAGACUAUUACGGAAACAGUACAGCAGCAGAUGUUGGGAGAUCUGCAGGAUUCCCAUAUUUUGGCAAAAGAUAUUGAAAAGGUGCGCAAUGAAGAAGGAACGUGUGAGAAGGCUGAGAUUGGGAUGAGGCCUUCAAAAUUUGAGAGCACAGUGGAAGAAAACCAAAACUAUCAAAGCAACUCAGAAGAGAUGAGUGAGAGGAAGAAUGAAAAGGAAAAGGGUGAUUAUAGACAGAAAAAUGUCAAGAAAGAGAAAAGAAGCAAGGAAGAUGGGAAGGAGGGCACAGAUGUCAUGAGCAAGGAGACAAAAAUCCAUCUUCUCCAAAAAGAGAGAGGGGAUGAGGGUGAGGUGUGGCACUUGAAAUGUGAAAUGGAUAUACAAAAGCAUCUCCCCCACAAAGAACUCGUAAAGAAAGUGGUCAAGAGUUUGACCGGGAACAAAGAGGAAGAAGGUCGACUCCAUAAGGAACACCUUAAGAAAGAAGAGGAGGAGAUGAAGCUCUUGAAAAAGGAGACAGCGUUGCGGAUCUCCUGCUACCUCGAGCAGCUAAAGAGAGAGGAAGAGGUGGAGGCAGAGCGCUUCGUAAAGGAAAAGGAAAUGAGAACUCAUCAAUAUCAGAUGGAGCUGAAGAGAAAGGAACAGGAGGAGAUGGAGCGCUUAAAGAAGGAGAUGGAAAGUAGAAUAUCGCUCUAUAAGGAGGAACUGAGUACGGAAGAAGAGAAGAAGGUGGAACAUUUCAAAAAGGAAAGGGAGAUGAGAAGACAUUUGUGGCAGGAGAAGUGUAGGAAGGAAGGGGAGGAGGAAGAGUUGAGAAGACAGCUCCACUUGGAGAAACUGAAGAAAGCGGAAGAGGAAGAAGUUGCACAGUUUAAGAGGGAAAAAGAAAAGAGGAUGUGCCUCCUGAAAAAAGAAGAGGAUGAAGAAGUGGAAGAGUUCAUGAGAGAGAAAGAGAUGAGAACAAGUCUCCGUCUGGAGGAAAGGAAGAAAGAGGAGGAGGAGGAAGCGAAUAACUUCAAACGGGACAAGGAGGCCAGAAUGGAUCUUUUUCAUCAAAAGAUGAUGGAAGAGGAAGAGGAGGAGAAAGAACGCUUGAAGAAGGGAAAGGAGGAGCAAAUUCGUUUUCACCGGGAGGAGGUGAGGAGAGAGGAAGAGGAAGAGUUGGAGCGAUUAGAGGCAAACAAAGAGGCAAGGAUGUCUCAGCACCGGGAACAGCAAAGAAGAGAGGAAGAAGAGGAACAAAUGCAAAGGGCAGAGGAGGAACAAGAGAAGAUAACCAAGGACAAGGAGAAGAGAAUGGAGAAGCUGAGGAGAGAUGAAGAGGAGGAGCUCCAGCGGUUGAAACAAGAGAAGCAGUCGCGAGUGCAUCUCUGCCAAGAAGAGCUGAUUCAAGAGGAAGAGGCAGAGGUGAACAUCUUAAAGACUGAGAAGGAGGCAAGGAUGCAAGAUCGCCAACAGGAGCUGAUUCAAGAGGAAGAGGCAGAGGUGAACAUCUUAAAGACUGAGAAGGAGGCAAGGAUGCAAGAUCGCCAACAGGAGCUGAGAAGAGAGGAAGAGGCGCUGGUUGAGGAGUUGAAGAGGGAGGAGACCAGGAUAAAAAUGGAGAUCAACCUCUGCAAGGAGAAGUUAAGGCGAGAACAAGACGAGGUGGCCGACUUAAGAACAAAAAUGGAAAUGAGAAUGUGCUCGUUCCGGGAAGAGCUGAUGAAAGAGGAAGACGAGGAGGCGAAGAGGUUGAAGACUGAAAUUGAGACGAGAAUUCAACUGCACCAGGAGAAGCUGAGGAGAGAAGAAGAGGAGAAGGCAGAGCAGUUGAAGAGCGAGCUGGAGGAAAGAAUGUCCGACCACCGGGAUAGACUCGCCAGAGAGGAAGAGAGAGAGCUUGAGCAACUGAACGCGCAAAAGAAAGUAAAAAUGGAACUCUACCAGGAGAAGCUAAGAGGGGAGGAAAAGGAGGAAGCGGAAGAGUUGAAGGCAGGAAAGGAUGCUCGAAUGCGUGCCUGCUGGCAAGAGUUAAAGAAAGCGGAAGGAAAAGAGGUGGAGGAGUUGAAGAGGGAGGGCUCGAGAGUAAAGUCAGAGAUGGAAAAGAGGUUGCAGCUCUGCCAGGAGACUCUCCGCAAAGAGGAAGAGGAGGAGAUGAAGAGGUUGAAGACGGAGAAGGAGACGCGAGUGGGCCUUCGUCAAGACAAGUUGAGAAAAGAGGAAGCGGCGGAGGUCAAGCAGAUGAAGACAGCCAAGGAGACGAGGGUACAUCGCCGCAGGACCGAGCUGAAGAAGGAGGAAGAGGAGGCCGCCGAGCAGUUGAAGGCUGAAAAAGACGUCCAAGUGCGUCUCAACUGGGAGAAGUUGCGUCGGGUGGAGGAGGAGGAGAUGGAGCGCUUCCAACAGGAAGUUGAAAUGAAAAUGCGGCACUGCCGAGAGAAGCUAAGGCGAGAGGAAGAGGAGGUGGAGAAGUUGAAGGAGGAGGAGAGAACCAAAAAAGAACAAAUGCAAAUGAGAUUGCGUCUUCGCCAGCAGGAGCUCAGCCGCGAGGAGGAAGACGGGCUGCAGCGUUUGAAGACCGCAAAGGAAGCAAGAAUGAACCUCUGCCAGGGAGUGCUGAGGAGAGAGGAAGAAGAGGAGGCUGAGCGUUUGAAAAUUGACUUUGAGAAGAGAAUGCGUCUUCAACAGCAAGAGCUGAUGAGGGAGGAAGAAGAGGAGCUGGAGCGUUUGAAGACGGUGAAGGAGGCAAAAGUCAGACUCUACCUGGAGGAACUCAACAAAGAAGUCAACGAGGAGUUUGAGUGCUUGAAGAAGGAGAAAGAGCGACAGAUGCACUUCCACCUGGAGGAAUUGCGGAGAGUGAAGGACGAGGCGGCCGAGCGUCUGGAGACCGAGAGGGAGAACCGAUUGCAGCUCCACCUGCACGAGCUGAAAAGGAAAGAAGCCAAGGAGGUGGAGCAGUUCAUUCUGGAGAAGCAGAUGCGAUUCAAGACAGAGAUGGAGGAAAGAAUGAGCGUUUUCGUGGAGGAGCUCCGAAGAGAGGAAGAGGAGAAUGCAAAACAUUUGAAGAGGAGGAAAGAGAUUCGAAUCGGCGUUUGCCACGACGAACUGCGGCGAGAAGAGGAGGAGGAGGUGGAACGUAUGAAGAAGGAGAAAGAAAGUAGAAUGUGUCUCUUACGAGAGGAACUGAGGAAGGAGGAGGAAGCGGAGGCACAGCUUCUGAAAAAGGAGAAAGAGGCGAGAACGUGUCAGCAGAAGAAUAAGCUGAAGAGAGACGAAGAGGACAUGUUAAAAAGGGAGAAGCUGAAGAAAAUGCGUGGCCGGCAGGAAAAGCUGAAGAGAGAGCACGAAGAAAGCGUCGAGAAGUCGAGGACUGAAACGGAGACACGGUUGCGCUUCCGCCAAGAGGGGGAGAAGAUCAAGAGAACAUUGGUGUGUCCGGAGGAGCUCAUCAAAGAGGAGGAUGCAGAGUCAUCAGUGAGGGAAAAGGACAAUCAGCCAAGUGAAGAGGCCAGUGCCAAGCUAACUCAGUCAGGCCAAGAAGAUCAGGAUGAAGGAGUAGAGAAAGGGUGGAAAGCAAAAACGCAACUCCAGAAGAUACGAGCAGAUGAGGAAUGCUUGAAGAGUGAGAAGGUGCAUGCAGAGUAUUUGAAACAAGAGAAACCGAAGCCAUUGCAUCUCGAUCAAGACAACACGAGUACGGAGGACGAGGAGAAAGAGACAGCACGUCUUUGCCUCGAGGAACUGAGUAAAGAGGAAGAGGAGGAGAUGGAGCGGUUGAAAAAGGAAAAAGAGCAUCGAACCCUUCUCCGCCAGGAGGAGCUGAGGAGACAGGAAAGUGAGGAGCUGCAGCGGUUGAAAAGGGAAAAGGCAGCGAGAAUUUUUCUCUGCCAGGAGGAGCUCAGGAGUAAAGAAGACGAGAAGGCGCGUUUGUUAAAACAGGAGAAGGAGAGGAAGACGCAGCUCCUCAGGGAGCAGCUGAAGCGAGAGGAGGAGGACGAGGUGGCACGCUUGAGGUGGGAGAAGGCGAAGAGGACACGCCUCCUGCAGGAGAAGCUGUGGCGAGAUGAGGAGGAGGAGCGGUUGAACCGAGAGAAGGAGAAAAGAGCGUGUCUCCGGAAAAUGGAGCUGAUUCGAGAGGAAGAGGAGGAGCGAUUGAAGAAGGAGCGGGAGAAAAGAACACGUCUUCGCCGGGAGGAGCUGACGAAGGAGGAAGAGGAAGAGUUGGAGAGGUUAAAGAGGGAAAAGGAAAAGAGAAUGCUUUUACGCCAAGAGGAACUGAAGAAGGAGGAAGAGAGAGAAGCGGAACAGUUCAAAACGGAAAAGGAGAAAAGAAUGCGUCGGCUCCUGGAGGAACUCAAGCGAGAGGAGGAGGAGGAGCGCUUGCAGAAGGAGAAGGAGAAGAGGAUACGUCUCUGUCUGGAUGAGCUUAGGAGGGAGGAGGAGGUGGAGAUGGUCAAGCUAAGGAGGGAAAAAGAGCAGAGAAUGCGUCUCUGUCAGGAGAGGCUCAGAAGAGAAGAGGAGGAGGAGAUGGAGAAGUUAAAAAGGAAGAAGGAGAAGAGAAUGCAUCUCCGCCAGGAGGAGCUGAGGAGAGCGGAAGAAGAGGAGUUGGAGCAGGUCAGGAAUAAAAAAAUGGGCGUCUUCCAACUGGAUCAGCGAAGCGAGAAAGACGAGGAGAUGGAGAGAAUAUCCAGCAAGAAAGAAAAAAAAUUGCGGCUUCGUCAAAUGAGCCUGAGGGGAGAAGAGGAGAAGAAACUGAAGUUUGAGUCCAAGGAAAGGCAGAGGGCUUUGCGCCAGUGUCUGCUGGUCAAGAGGAGAGACGAGGACCCAUUGUUGAUGUCUGACCAGAAGGAGGAACUAACAGAAUGUGCCCACAAGGAGAAAGAAGAGGGGCAACCUAAGAUCAGAAGAACGUCAAUUUUUUCAAACCUGAGGUUUGUGAAAUCGUCGUACUUAGAGACCCACCGCUAAGUUUAAUGAUGCAGAGCGUGUGCAAUAUUUCACGUUUGCCGAUUGUAUGUCUCAGAAGCUAGGAGACAUGAAGAUGAAGGAUCUGACCGAUACCUCUGUGGGAGUUUUGAAACCAUGGCACAGGCCAGUCCGCCCACAUGGUCCAAGUAACAGCAUCAGAUCUUCUGUGCUUUGUGACCGAAGGUUCAGAAGCACCACACCUGCUCUCAGUAGAUCGGUUUUAAUGUGUGCGCGCGCGUUUGUAAUUGAUUCUGUAGGAGCAUCUAAUGGUAGGAAAAUGUCUUUUUUUUUUUCUUUUUUUUUGCAACUGCGCAAUUAUUGUUGUGGGCCGCUAAUUGAAUAGCAAUGAUAGAGUACAUGCUCAUUUCAGGGUUCAGUUCUCUUAAUGUGUGAGGAAUUUUGAAAUAGAUACAUUUUCACGUUUCACAAGGUUCUUGAUUUUUUGCAGUCUUUUUAACACCACAAAUGUCUUAUGUGCGUUGCAUUCACUUCAUAUUAACUGAGGUCCUGAGUUUGUUCAGUGACUAUUCAUAUUUUUGGCACCCACCUGCAACAAACAAUCUGAAAGAUUAUAUGACAAGGAACCUUUAUUCAAUAACCGUUGAUUAACAUAACCGACAUGAUUUUUUAAUGCAAAAAAAAAAAAAAAACUUCCCGCAUCGCAUCUGAAACUAUCAU